AUGCCGGGCGAAAAGCUUUCGCUGGACGGGGUGGAUGUGCCUGGGCUGGUGGCCAGCCUCACGCCACGGGAGCGCUCGCAGCUGCGAGAAGCAUUCGACCUGCUGGAAGGAUCCAACGCAUCCGGCGCGAGCGCAUCCGCGGGCACAGCUCCGGCAGUUCCGUCACAAGAGCAGUUGGACCUCGCUGACAGCGUGCUCCAGUGCCAUCUUACAGAGUUCGUGAUCGACAAAGCGCCACUGCAGGUCUUUUUGAACGGCGAUCGGCUGUUCGGUGUAAAGCCUGCAGACAAGGACGUGGAGCUUCCUGACAUGGAGUACCUGGAGUUUGUCGAGAAACGACCUGCUUUAGAAGCACUGCCAACCGUUGCCCAGUGGAUCGAAAAAGACUAUCCUGGUUUUGUGAAAAUGUAUGGCUGUGUGGUAGAUGAGCGAGAAGCAGCGGUGCAAGAUCGCAAAGCCUUGGGAAUCAUUUGCGAGAAGGCAAGCGAGGCAUUGCCGGCGUUCAUGCAGACAAGCGAGGGCAAGAAUGCUCGCGGCGACCACAAGAUGUAUUUUGCCCUCACAGCGUUUCAGGCCUGGAACUACUUUCUCUAUCUCGGACCAUGUCUCCCAGUCUUCACAUUGGAGAAUGUCGUGGUGAAGAAGCACGCGGUAGCGGACAGUGACAGUGACAACCCGUUUACUGCCCACCUUCGUCUCCAGCUUCCCACUGCACAAUAUAGAACAGCAAUGGGGGAGGAGACGUUGGACACCAACGUGUGUCAGCUCGCAGAUGUGCUCUGGUUCGUGCUUCAUGGGGAUGCCCAGACCGUUGCAGAGAAGCCGCGUGUGGAGAAACCCCUCGAUGGCGGAAAGGUGUGGAAGAACUCCUGCAAAAAAAUGCUGGAGUCGCUCUACGAGCACAAGAGCCAGAGUCAACGCCACACCAAGCAGAUUGUGACCAAGAUGCAGCAUGAGUACCUUGCGGUGAGGGAAAUGGUUGCAGACGGGUGUGCUCCGAUACUUACCGAGUCUUUGGAUGCGCCCUCCUAA